AUGGUGUUGGUGAUGAUGAUUACGAUGAUGAUGUUGGGAAACAGGGUAAAAUGUGAGGAGCACUACGUUGGAGGGAGCAAGUCUAGUUGGGCACCCAAUGUUAAUUUUUCAGAAUGGUCAAGUCAUGAGCACUUCUAUUUGGGCGAUUGGCUAUACUUUGGAUAUGAUAAGCACAUGUACAAUGUACUAGAGGUGAACAAGACUAGUUAUGAGAACUGCAAAGACACAGAAUUUAUUAAGAACAUAACAAGGGGUGGAGGAAGAGAUGUGUUUCAAUUGACAGAGGCGAAGACCUAUUACUUCUUAAGUGGAGGAGGUUAUUGUUGGCAGGGUAUGAAAGUUGCUAUAAAUGUUACUGAAGAUGUUGCACCUGUUCGAGAACCUGUUCCAUCAAAAAGAUGUUCUGCUUCAUAUGCUUCUGGAAUUCAGGUCCAAGCACUUGUGCUGCUCAUCUCAGUCUUCGUGUGGAUUAUCUUAUUAAAAAACAACAGCUACUAG